GUGGGAGGUGGGGCUGAGAGUGGGAGGAGCCCGGCAGAGCAGAGCCCACGUGUGACGCGCGCAUUCCCGGCUCAGUGCGAUUCGCUUUAGCGGCGCUCCGGGGCUCCGUUCGCUGUGACUGCGCGCCUUUUAGUUUGUUGCCUGUUUUUAGUUGGGUUAGCGAUGGAGGGAGACGGGAGCCAAGCCACGUCCGGGAGUCCGACCGAUUCGCAACACGACCCAGGUAAAAUGUUUAUCGGUGGCCUCAGCUGGCAAACUUCACCAGACAGCCUUAGAGACUAUUUUAGUAAAUUUGGAGAAAUCCGAGAAUGUAUGGUGAUGAGGGAUCCCACGACCAAGCGCUCCAGGGGAUUUGGGUUUGUUACGUUUGCAGAUGCGGCCAGUGUAGAUAAAGUUUUAGGUCAACCUCACCACGAAUUAGACUCAAAGACGAUCGACCCUAAAGUUGCCUUCCCGAGACGUGCUCAACCCAAGAUGGUCACAAGAACAAAGAAAAUAUUUGUAGGCGGAUUAUCAGCUAACACAGUAGUCGAAGAUGUGAAGCAGUAUUUCGAACAGUUUGGCAAGGUAGAGGAUGCCAUGCUUAUGUUUGAUAAAACUACAAAUAGGCAUAGAGGAUUUGGCUUUGUUACUUUCGAGAAUGAGGAUGUGGUGGAGAAAGUCUGUGAGAUUCAUUUUCAUGAAAUCAAUAAUAAAAUGGUAGAAUGUAAGAAGGCUCAACCCAAGGAGGUCAUGUUUCCACCAGGGACACGAGGGCGAGCAAGGGGUCUACCCUACACCAUGGAUGCCUUCAUGCUAGGAAUGGGAAUGCUGAGUUACCCAAACAUUGUAGCAACGUACGGCCGUGGAUACACUGGCUUCGCCCCGAGCUACAGCUACCAAUUCCCUGGCUUUCCUGCGGCGGCAUACGGUCCGAUGGCGGCAGCAGCGGUGGCAGCAGCACGUGGUUCAGGUAGGGGGGCCCGUGGAAGAGGCGGCUACGCAGUAUAUCCACACCACACAGGGCCAGGCUUCCCCGAUUACGGUUUCUAUUCCACGACAAGUGACCAACGGGGGCCCCCCUUCUCCUUUGCGGACUAUGGCUCCCUAGGCCCGCAGGCGGCUCAGCUGCUUCAAAGCGAGCAUGCCACCUCGGCCUGCAACUCCCCCCUGCAGCACCUGCCCAGCCCGGAUCAGUAUAAGAGCCCAGGCACCAACCCUCCGCGGCCUGGAACUUUCCCAGGUGCGAGCAGUCCAGGGCCUGUGGCUGACCUGUAUGGCCCCACCAGCCAGGACUCCGGCGUGGGCAACUACAUAAGUGCUGCUAGCCCUCAACCAGGCUCUGGCUUCGGCCAUAGUAUUGCUGGUCCUUUGAUUGCGACAGCUUUUACAAACGGAUACCAUUGAAACCUAACAGGUGGUCGGUUGCCAUCUCAAUUGAGCAGAGUUUAUCGGGAGGUCAGGGGAAGACAGGCCACAGUUUCUAACUGGUUUUGUGUACAGGUAACGGCCAUACAACUCCAAGCACUACAGCGUGGGACAGACACGGACGAGCUGAGAUGGCAGGAUCUGAAGAACAAAAGAAAUGUCUAAAACAUCUCCAAAAAAAAAAAACAACAACAUUAAUCUGCUGUACUAUAAUGAAAACCUGGCUUUUUGGAUUUUUUUUCUCUCCUAACGUAUCCCCAUAUUCUAGGAUGAUGUUGUCGUUUUGUCCUUUUUCACUUCUUUUCCCCUUUUUAUUGACGUCGUUUCUUUAACAUCUUUUAUCAUAUAGUCUGAAUCAGCCUCUGAGGUUGACUAGUUUUGAAAUAUUUUCAUUAUAUACUACGUUCUCUGAUGAGAAGAACUAUGUAAAUGUGCAUCUUCUCUCUUUUUUAGUGUAAUAACAUCACUCUAGUCGUCUCUUCACUCAUGGCUCUUUGUAAUAAUAGCCAGUGUUUCAUGGUUUCAGAUUUCAUUUCAUUCAAGCAAGAACACUGAAGGACUUGCUGCCAAACUCAUGAUUUUCUCAACCUUUAAAAAGAGCAACAAGAGGGUAACUAACAAAUCUAAGUAGCUCUGUUCUUUGUUUCAUGUGACGUCUUGUUAUCAUUAUUAUCUAUUUUGGGCAAUAAGAGGACUACAAUAUUUUCACAGUCCUUUUUUAUAAAUGUCUUUUUGUUGUUGUCGUCGAUAAAAGAAAAAAAACGAUACAUUUCCUUUUAAUACUUUGUGAAAUGAGAUUUAAAAGAAAAAAAAAUUAUGAUGAAAUCUGUAUAAUAUUACUCAUUACUACAUCGAACCAUCUCAGAGAGAACCAUAUUUUUGUGAUGGUGUUCUAGAGGUCGUACUGUGCUCAAUCUGAAUUAUGUUUCAAAAAAAAAGGAAAAAAAGAAAAAAGAUCUUUCAGGCUUGGUGCGGUAACCGAAAUCUAUUUGUAGCACAAAAGCCGUGAGAACCCGACUGCAGACACAAGCCCAAUAAAACACUGUUAGCUCGCUCUGUAAAUACUGUUGGCUUUCUAACUGUGCAGGUAGCAAAACCAGCAUAUUGACUAGAUUGUGAGAUCAGAUGUGCACAGCUUUCACAGAGAAAAUACUUCACAGCAUACACACAAAUCAGCAUCGUACAAACAAAAUCCAACUGAAAUCCAAAGCACAUGUUUGUUUCAUGUUUUUUAAGUACCAGUGAUGAAAUUAGAGAUUUUCUAAGACUGUGGUUUUUUCCUCCUCCUCUUCUUCUUCUUCUUCUUCUUCCUUCUCACUUUUUUUUAGUGUUUUAAUGUAUUUUUUCCCGUAGUCCUAAAACAUAGUACACAGUACGCCUGAUUUCGGAAACAAAAAAGGCAAUAUUUCAAGAUUUGUAGUCAUUUCUGACUUACCGUGAUCAAUUAGGAACUGUUUUUUGCACCAUUACCUCAGUCCUGUGGGAUGUACUUUAGAGGACGUAACAAAUUAAUUUAUUUUAUCGUAAGACAAAGUAAAAAAAAAAGAUUGUCUUGAAAUGAAAAAAAGAAACAUUGCACUGUGAGAAAGAAUUUAUUAUUUUCUAUUUGCACAUGUUUAAGGAUGUUCUUUUCCGUGGGUCAUAUGAAGGGUUGCUAUGGAAACGUUGUCCCUGUGUGGUCGCGAUCUUUACGGCUGUGUUUUUUUGUGGAUUAAUCUUUUUUUUUCCCAGGCAUUUUAUUUCUGUGCUUCUGAUCUGCCAACGUUACAGCUGAGUUAUUGGUAGCAAUAGUCAAAAUCCUCCGAUACACUGAAACUGAAUGAAAUCAGUAGCUGCUACACAUAUAUAACGUACAUGUCAGAUCUGACGAGAUGGAAAUGAUGCUAAAAUAUAUGCUGAGUGAAAUAAGAGUGAUAUUUAAGAGUGUAAACCGACUGAUAUAUACUGUAUGCUGUUGUUCAUCCUUGCUGCAAAUGUUUUUAUUUACAUUUUUUUUCCUCCCUUUUUUCCCACAAUUUGACUGAACUAGCACACGAUUCGAAAUGCUGAAUCCGUUUCCUUUUUUCGACAUCACGGGAAAAAUAGGAAUAAGUAAGAGCAACGCAGAAAGACGGCUUCCUGCUUACUGUUCAAACUGUUUCAAAAGACAAAACUACUCAAAACAGCGUGAUCCCCAUCACAGUUUGAAAACCAACAGGGGAUUUUUUAUUGCUAUUUUUGUGGAAGUGAAUGACUAUGUUAAAUAUGUUGCUGACUAUAUUACGGUUACUAUGUACUGUAUUUUCUCAUUCGAUGAUCUCUCCAUUCCCUGUCGCUUCAUCCAGUAAUCUUCUGUUGAUCAUUGUAUUUCAGUAAUGUGUUUAAAAAAAAAAAAAAAAAAAAGUGGAAAACAAAAAAAGAAAUUAACUUGUAAAAGAGUGCUGUCUUUUGAUGCCAGUGUAGUGGUCUGUACAUUUCUCUGUUGAUCUGUUUCACUCCUCUCUCCCCGCUUCUUGCCUCCCGCUUUCGUCUUCUUGCUCUUUCGCUAUAUCUGUCUCACUCUCUCUUAGUGAAUAGUCGUAGAUGUUAUGUAAUCAACGUUACAGUAGAGCUGUAGUGGUAGAUUAGUAGAUUUAGGACCAGUAAGGAUAGAACUUUCUCUUUGAUAAUCAUUUAAACAAACAAACAAAAAAAAUAUGCUGAACAUUGUUUUCAUGCCGUGUUUCACCUUUACUUUGUCUUUUUUUUUUCUUUUUUUUUUGUGUUCAUUGGGUUUUGUUUUUUUUGUUUGUUUUUUGUUUUUUCUGAUUCUCACAUGGUUUCAACAAACCAAAGCUCUCAUGAUGAAAUCCAGAAAAUUAAGAGAAUUGGUGUAAGACAGAGUUGUAAACAAGGCAUUAAUUGGAUCCCCACCCUUGAAUGUUUGAAAAGGGGUGCGCCAUACUACCUUAAAUGCUAACGCUUGAUAUGCAAAACCGUUUUUUCUUUUCUUUCUUUUUUCAAGAGGGACGCAAUUUAUAAUUAUGGAAAGGAUUUUAUUACGUGAAUGGAAAAAAAAAAGUCAUAUUUUUUUAGUACGUUCUACCUGAGUAAUGAUGAUCUAGCCUGAUAAUUAUAGAUACGGAUAAAACUGUAAUAGGUUUUGAUAUUUAUACUCUUUAAAAUGUCCACUACUAUUUUUAAAUACUUUUUUGUGUCUAUGUGUCUGCAUAGAUUCAGAUUCAGAUAUGUUUUCGGUUUCGGUCGUCUUAAAGGUUGUUUUUUUUAACGCUGUUACAGUACAUUUAGUGCCAGUUCUUCAUGUUAAUCAAAGCUAAACAUUAAUCACAGCAACAACAAACAAACAACGAAUUAUUAGCAUGUGAAGUGCUCAUAUACUGUAGCUUAUGAAACAAAACAAUUAAGACUAGCAGCUGUUAGUGUUAAUAACUAAACCGCUUUAUUAAGACAGAUUGUCGUUUGAUUGUUUCUUGUUAACAGUCCUAGAAGAUUUCUGUGUAACUUACUGAGAUAUUUUUUCUGAAUGAAAUCUAUUCUCAGGGAUUAUGAAUGUAUGCUAAUUCUAAUCGAAGUCCUCUACAUGUGAGAUUUAGCUGGUAAUUACUGUGUGGAUUCUGUGAGUCUGAUAGUGAGUGCUCUCAGAUUUCAUUUCAACACAAACACUGAGCCGGUUUUACUACACACUCCAGUACUGCUGUCCUGCCAGAGAGUUUCUUCAGGGGCUCUUUGGAUAGUUAGAGGCUGUAGAUAACUAAAGAAUCCUGUCUGACAGGGAAACACUGCUGUAGAGGAUUUAGAACCUUUUAAUGUUUCCUGGGAAACAAAAAACCUGAUUAUGGCUCUAGAUUUGACCUUUUAAACACACAGCAUUAAGGACAUCAAGCAUAUUAGUUUGUGUUGCUGUGUGAAGUUGCUGCAAAUUAUAACCUCGUUACAAACAUUUAUAACUUGUCAUUGGCAUUAUGUUAUAAAAUCAGGCUUUCUCACUGCGAUUAGCCUUUGACGCUUUUUACAAUUCACAUUAAUGAGAUAAAACAUUCACAGAAAAUUCUAUAUUUUAUAAACACUAAGAUUAUGAGUUUGACAUACUUAUAAUUAUAUGAUCUGGCUCUUGAUUAAAAUGAAAGCUGGCCAUUGUUUCUGAUAGCCUUCUAUAAUGUCUCUCAUUCCGUUGCUUUCUUUCUUCUUUUCUAAUUUGAUCUUGUAGCUUGGACUUUAAGGUAGCAUGGCUCUGUUGCCAUUAUUUUAUUUUUCCAUCGACAGCCGUUUACAGCAGAUGAAUGUUACACAUCUUGCUAGACUAGUUAAAUCAUUGGAUAAUUGUUGGUUUUGGAAAAAAAAAGGAAAAGGAAAAAAAAAAUAAAUGACCUGGAAGGUGUUGGGUGAUAUUCGAAAUGAACUACCGUAUCCAUUCAAAACUUGAAUUUUGAGGCAAGUGCUAGGCAAUGGCCAAAACGAUCAUCCCAUUAAUGAAGGAACAAACUACUCUGUCUGCACACACACACACACACACACACACGCACAGAAACACAGCACAUGCACACAUAAACACACUAUCUCUCUGUAAUGACAUACUGUAAUGACAUAUGUAUAUACUUGUAUACAGAUACAGGAUAUAUAUGUAUAGUGUAUAUAUCUCUUUGUUAAAGCUGUUUGUUGAAGCUGCCUCAUAAUGCUUAUUAAUCAUUUGUAGUGACCCAGAAAACAUUUGGGUCAGUAGUCUACACUGAAAUCAUGUUUGAAAUCACGUGUUGUGGGAAAGCUGCAUUGUGCACUACUGGGACAGUUAGAAAGCCGGGAAACGUGUUAGUUUAGCUGUCCACGUGUCCCUUUAACUUUAACGCUAUAGGGAUACGGUACAGUUGACAAGGCAGGGGUCACAGGGGAACGGUCUUUAUUUCUGACGCUUCCCUCGGGAACUCAGUCUCCUGUUUUCCUACCCAGCUUUCGCCUCUCUGAUUGCCUUGUCCAUUCCUAACACUUGCCCAUUUUUAACGGACUUUUUACCGCAUGAACUGACUGAACGGACUGACGUCUGAAAGCAUCUUUCAGGUCUUCUUCUAUGGCUUGCUUAAGCCCUGUUGUAAAAUAAACUAAAGUGGAUGGGGGUCUCUCACAUCUCAGAUGUGGAAAGUAUAAUUUUAUAUUUGUAUUUUCAAAUAAUUAUGAUAAUAAAAAAUGUUUGUGAAAGGUUUCCAUCCUCUACUGUGGUCCAGAAAUCAAUGUGUUUGUCUGGAGAAGAUUAAAAAAAUAAUAAUAAAGUAAACUGUUUUGAAACAUUUCAUGGUUUUUUGAUUUUGAAUUAACAUUUUUUUCAAGCAAAUGAUGUGUGAUUUAAAAUAUGAAUAUAUCUGCAAAAGAAUGUAUAUCAGAUAUGCACAACAAUUAAAAUGCACAAAAAUGAACACAGA